AUUUUAGUUCUGGAAUAAGGAAGAAAAUGCAGCAUUCUUUGAAAUUUCAGAUGAUUAUUUGGGGGUUUAUGGGUGUGCUUGUGGUAGCGAGUGGGGGGCUUGUGAUAUUGUGGAGGUUGGUUAAUGAGACUGAAGCCAGAGGGGAGAAUUUUAGCCAUCCUUUCUUUAUUCCCUUGUUGAUGACUAUCGGGGAUGCACUGUGAAUAUUUAUUUAUAUGUAUGAAAUACGUAGAGCAAGGAAGAGAUAUGGAAGCUAUCAGCUUCAUCCAAAAGUGGUAAGAGCGAGGACCUCAGGAAGAAGUACCUAUAUAAAUCCGGCUAUGUUGAUCCUCCCAAAGUUUUUGAAUAUUUGUGCUUCAUUUGCUUUUGCUUUAUCGUUCUCAUUCGUCGGAGGAGUUGCCCAAAAUCAGGAUCAUAAGUUACUAAGAUCUACUUUUACAAUUGAAUCAGAUACAGAUAUAUCUCUUAAUGAAACUUUAAAGGAAAGCUCAGAACAGUCAUUUCUAUCAUUUGAGCUUGCUCUAGCGAUUCAUGGGAAUAUCACAAUCUUGAUAGCAGUGAUUUCCAGGCUGAUUUUGAAAAAGAAUCAAUAUCGCCACCAUUUCUUAGGCAUUCUUUUCAUUCUUGUUGGAAUUUGGAUGGUAGCUAUUCCAUUGUAUAUUGAGCAGAGCGGUAAAGCAACAGAAAUUUUAUUAGGAACAUCGAUGGUCCUUGGUUCAAUAAUUCUAAUAUCAAUUCAGUUUAAUCUUGAAGAGCGUUUAUUGGAAAACUAUUUCUUAUCACCAGCAAGGAUGGUUGGAUGGGAAGGAAUCUGGGGAGUUGUCUUUGCAAUAUUGAUCCUUCCAGGAGCUUACUUUAUCUCUUGAAAUGCACGCUUCUGAGCGAACAAUAAGCUAGCAGAUUCUAUUUUCGCGUUCAAACAAAUGGGAAGUAGUGUUCUCAUAAUCUGAUCUGUUAUUGGAAUGAUCAUCCUCAGCACUGUCUCCAAUAUUGUAGGAGUGACAAUAAUGAAAUAUACAGGUGGAAACAAUCGCGCUUCAAUUUUGAGCCUAAAGAUAAUUCCAUUUUGGAUCUUCUUUCUCCUUUAUCAUUCAAAUGGAGGUGUAGACAUUGAUUACGUCCGAUUAGCUGGCUACAUAAUUCUUCUAUUUGGAACUUUAUUUUACAAUGAAAUAAUAAUCAUUCCAUGAUUCGGACUAAACGAUAACACCAUGAAAAAAUUAGAGCUGAAAGACCAAGAGGCAGAUGAUUACUACAGUGAUGAGACGGAGAGUAUGAGAUCUUCUGACAUCUACCAAAUUAAUAUUUAG